AGCAGGGUAACAACCACCGACCUGGGCGAGCUGUGGGAACUGAGGUCUCCUCGCUCCGAUCUCUUCAACCCUUCACGAUUCGUCGCAGGAUUAGGGUUCCGCUGCUUGGAUCUGGUCUCUUUAGGGCGGAAUUCGAGCAUCUCGAUCUGGUCGAUCGAUUGAGAUGGGGAUUCUGUUCACUCGCAUGUUCUCGUCCCUCUUCGGCAAUCGGGAGGCUCGGAUCCUCGUGCUCGGCCUCGACAAUGCCGGGAAAACCACCAUCCUCUAUCGGCUUCAGAUGGGGGAAGUGGUCUCGACCAUCCCAACGAUCGGGUUCAAUGUGGAGACCGUGCAGUACAAUAAUAUUAAGUUUCAAGUUUGGGAUCUCGGUGGGCAGACAAGCAUUCGACCAUACUGGCGGUGCUACUUUCCAAACACUCAAGCAGUAAUAUAUGUUGUUGAUUCCAGUGACACAGAUAGACUUGUAACUGCUAAGGAUGAAUUUCAUGCUAUCCUGGAGGAGGAGGAGCUGAAGGGUGCUGUUGUCCUCGUAUUUGCAAACAAGCAGGAUCUCCCUGGUGCACUUGAUGAUGCUGCAAUAACUGAAGCCUUAGAACUACAUAAGAUAAAAAGCCGUCAGUGGGCAAUUUUUAAAACCUCAGCAAUUAAAGGAGAAGGGCUUUUUGAGGGGCUGGAUUGGCUCAGUAACACGCUUAAGCCGGGUGGAAGCUAAGCUUUGGGACGAGCAUAACUGGGACCCAGGUUCGGGGACACAUGAACUACAACUCGAGGAAAGGAUUAAACGUGAGCUUUUUCUUUUCUUUCUUCUCACACAUUUGAUGCUAUAACAUGCCCAGUUUAAUCUCUCGUUGUCCUGAAGUUUGAUUAUUCAUAUCUACAUGUAGAGUAGUGGUUCAAUGACUGGAUCAUGAUUCUUUUAGGUUUUAUUAUUUUAAGCUGGAGGUGUAGGAUUUUCGUAAGAGAUGUGUCAACUUCUUCGUUCUUUAGUUUCCCCUUUCUUUA